AUGAAGCUCGGUAAUCCUUUUGUUUUCCGGCCGGGCCCCGUUAGCUUCUGGACAACCGUCAGCUACCUUGCCGUUAUUAUCCCGUUGAUAUAUGUCCAGGAGACGGUGCCGCCGGCGCCGCCCCCAGAUGCGCUGCCGCAAGGCGUCAAUUUGACAGAAGCGUGGUUGGAUCUAGAGGUCAUUACAAGAUCGUACCAUCCAUUUAACAGCCACUCGAAUGAUGUGGUACGCGACUAUCUCAUGCGUCGAUCCAGGGAGAUUCUGGACAGAAAUGGAAUUGACUUCACCACAGAUUUAACAGGUGGUGUGCCCUGGGAAAGCAGUUACUUGUCGUCAGCUGAGAAUCCGGUCCUAGCCGCCGAAACUAGUGCUCGCAGGCGCGGAGCGACGCUCUUUGAUGAUCGCAUUUCCAAUGUGACAAUGACUCAUCCCCAGCCCAAUAGUAGCAUGGGACGGUACUUUGAAGGCAACAACUUUUACGUGUAUAUCCGUGGCUCCGAUGAUCCCGAAGGGGAGUGGUGGACCUCUGACAAUGUGCAGCGAAUUGCCCGCAGCGGCGCUGGCGUCCUCGUAAAUUGUCAUUUUGACUCGGUAUCUACCGGCUACGGUGCCACCGAUGACGGCGUGGGAUGCAUCUCCCUGCUGCAAUUGCUCAGUCACUUUACCUCCAAGGGCUAUCAACCAAAGAACGGCAUUGUGUUGCUUUUCAAUAACGCUGAGGAGGAUGGCUUGCUCGGGGCCAUGGCUUUUGGAUACAGCCCUUUGGUGCAGUUCUGCCAUACGCUCGUCAAUUUGGAGGGCGCCGGGGCUGGCGGUCGAGCUAUGCUGUUCCGAGCAACGGAUCUUGAGACCGCCGAGGCUUACUCUAAAAGCCCCCAUCCUUUUGGAUCUGUUGUGGCGUCGAAUGCGUUCGAGCGGCGUGUGAUCAAGAGCGACACGGACUACUCCGUCUUCGUCAACAACUACGGCCAACGCGGUCUCGACAUUGCCUUCUAUUCGCCUCGAUCUCGAUACCACACCGAGGAUGAUGACGCGCGGCACACAUCGGUCGACAGCGUCUGGCACAUGCUAUCAGCUGCUCUCGCGACUACCGAGUCCUUGUCAAGGACCACCAGUACCAAGUUCAACGGGCCGCGCUCUGAUGGCAGAAAAGAUCUGGUUCAAAGUGGCCGCCCAACGGCUGGUGUUUGGUUUGACUGGUAUGGUGAUAGCUGGUCCGCGUUUUCGCUAAGAGGGCUUUUUGCGUGGUCUCUCGCUCUUCUCAUUACUACGCCGCUAAUCCUUGCCGUGGUCACCUACCUGCUGGUUCGCAACGAUAAAUGGUACUUCUUCGCCACCAGGGUUGAUUCUACUUUUGGCGAAGGUGAAGGAGCCAUGUCACUAGGCGGAUGGAAAGGCUUCAUUCGAUUUCCAUUUGCUCUAGUUGUUGCCGCUGCCUUGACCAUUGGAUCGGUGUAUUUGUUGGCCAAGGUCAAUCCAUUGAUUAUUUACAGCAGUGGAUAUUCUGUGUGGGCCAUGAUGACUUCGUUGUUCUACUUUGUGUCGUGGAUGCUGCUUCGUGGAGCCCACUUUGUGCGCCCAAGUGCUCUUCAACGGGGCUUUACUUUGAUGUGGCUUUUCAUCAUCACUUGGAUCCUCUCAAUUUUCGCGGCCGUUGCUGAGGAUCGCGUGAAGAUGGGUGCCGUAUAUCCUUUGGCCUUCCUGCACACCUUUGUUUUUGCAGCAGUCUUGAUAUCACUCUUGGAACAAGUUGCACUUCCAACUAAGCAAGAUUUUGCACGACAACCCAGCGGCGAGAACGAAGAGGAAGGAGAAGAACAACAAAACUUACUGGGCGAUGACGUUCGCAACGAUGCCGAACACAACGAGGGAAGAGAGGAGCCAGAUAUUGCUCCUGAUCCAACAGAAACGACACCUCUCAGGACUAGCGAAGAAGGCCGCGGGCUUGGUGAGCAGACUACCACAUUUGCGAGCACAUAUAGGAGAUCCGCGACGGACGCUAGGGAUGCAACUCACAGCGGUCACAAUACCAAACGCGGCUGUCCGCCUUAUGAAAACGAACAAGCUUGGUCCGGUCGACUUCCAACCUGGACUUGGUUUAUGCAGCUCCUCCUUCUCGUUCCCCUGUACGUGACUGUUCUCGGCAAUCUGGCACUGGUACAAACCGCGUCCGUGGGAAUGACCGGAACAGACGGUAGCAGCCUGCUUCUCCCGCUGAUGGGGGUUGGUGUCUUGACAAUCCUCCUCCUCCUACCGCUGACGCCGUUUGUCCAUCGCGUCAGCCACCACGUCCCACUAUUCCUCCUACUGGUGUUUAUCGGAACACUAAUCUACAACCUGACGGCCUUCCCCUUCUCUGUCAAUAACCGAUUCAAAUUUUACUUCAAGCAAGUUAUCGACUUGGAUAAGGGCUCCAACGUUGUCACCCUCAAUGGGCUGGAAAAAUUUGUGCGGCCGAUCAUUAGCUCUUUGCCCACCCCGGCCGGCCAAGGAAUUCACUGUGAUGAGGACCCUGCUCUCCAAAACUUGAGGAAUUGCCAGUACGACGGGUCUCUCUUGCCUCCAGACGUAGCGGCCGGCGAGAAGUUGGAAAACUUGGUGUCCAUCAAGGCGUCCAAGCUCCGCGACGGAAGAACAAUCCAAGUGAGGCUGAACGCAGUGAAUACCCGCGUUUGCUUCAUCGACACGUCGUCCCCAAUCUUUGGCUUUUCCGUCGACGGUGGCGCAAAGCGCGACGACCGAUUCGGCUCGUUUCCGCCUGAAGGUCUCCAACAGAUCCAACUAUGGAGGCGUGACUGGGAAAAGGGCUGGAAUGUUACACUUUACCUAGGCGCAGACGUACUUCCCAUGAAGCAGGACGGUAAUGGUGUUGAAGGCGCCGAGGUGAAUGAAGCGGAUGAUGGCCCCAGCAACGGAGAGCUCAAACGCAGAGCAGCAGCGGCAGUCGACAAGGCGUUUUCCGUGACGGCGAGGUGUGCCUGGUCAGAUGUCAACAGCGCCAAGACGAUCCCGGCAUUCCACGAGGUGAAGCAGUUCAUGCCUAGGUGGGCGACUGUCUCGAAAAAGUCUGUUGGUCUCGUGGAAGUCAUGAAGGAGGUCAGGGUCGAGUGA